AUGACUCCUCCCCAUCAUCAUCCUUUGGAGCCGUAUUUCCAGACUCAGCAUCGUCGUCAUCUUGCUAUACUUCGGUCGCCACCCACUUCACCUGCCGAACACGCAAAGACCAUCGAAACAUCGGCACCUUCAUCCCCUCAGUCCUAUAGCUCGUCCAUUUCUUCCAGCAGUCUACUGUAUGCUGCUCCUCCACUCCCUCCUGCGGCUGCCCCGUCCUCCUCUGCCUCUGAUCACGGCACCAUAGGAGUCGCUGCUCCCCCACUUACACUGCAGGAACGCCGGCAACGAAAUAAGACCGCCUCGGCCAAGUAUCGUCAAAAGAAAAAUCAACAACAGCAUGAAAUGCGACAAAUGAUUGGUCAAUUAUCGGAACAGAAUGCCGUGCUGGAACGUCAAUUGCAAGAAUUACGCAUGGAAAACGAAAAACUCAAGGCCACUACCGACCGAUUACGCGGCAAAAUUGUUGCCAGGAAAAUGCUGAAACAGUGGAUAGGUCGUCAAAAAGAACCCACCCAUGUAUCACUGCAACAACAACAACAGCAGCAACCCCAUCAACAUCAUCAUCACUCGCUUCCCUCCAAAUUGCACUCCUUUCGCCCCUCCCCUUAUCCCACCCCAUCCACCGCUUCCCAACCCUCGUUUAGAUACGUCGAUACCGAUGAUGAAGGCGACCUCGCUAUGGAUUCCGACAGUUUGGCCUCUGAGUGA